AUGAAUAUCUUCACGGACCCACCUGCAGCUUCGGCAUCGGGAUCAGGAACUUCUUCCGAGACACCCAGAGCUGAAUCCAGUCUCAAAACUCCGAGGAAGAGUCGUUCGGCUUGUAACCGCUGUCACGCGCAGAAGCUCAAGUGUGUCAGGGGAGUAGGACGUGACAGCAGUUGCGAACGAUGUCUCAGGCUGAAAACGUCAUGUCGAUUUAGUCCUCGUGCAGCUCGAUCCUCGUUGAAGCUUCCCGAGCAUCUAGAUGCAGAGAGUACCUUGGAGAGUCCUCUUCCCGUACCUGCAUCUAUGCUUAUGCCGGACCCACGUCUGGAUGCAUCCAUUGAUGGUGUAAAUGAGUUCGACUGGCUUUCCGCUCCGGAUGCGAGCACGAAUCAAGAUGCAGCAGGUGUUGAACCAGCAAAUAUAUGCAAUCCUAUGUUAGAUUAUGGCAAUGAGGGAGGUUCAUGCUGGGCAACAUCUUUCGAAAUGGAGGGCGGCGUCAACCGUCCACUAGCUAUUGAAGACUCUGCCAAUUCGGAUCUUCUACCUGACUAUGACAUCGCUGCAACCCUGGACAGAUUGAAUUCGUGUGUAACGCUAGAGCAAUGCACGCGAAUCGACGACCCCUUGGCCCCCACUCCUCCAUCUAUGGUGCAGCUGUUAGCCAACCUCGACGUUGCGCUUUAUGAAUGUAGCCUUAGACUUCCAUCUCCCUUAAAACCAGGAAUCAAUUCUGUAGGAGUUGGUAUGGGAAAAUCAAAGAUGUUUGCACUGGAAGAGCUUUUUCGCCUGACCACCGACUUUCUCGCCGUUUUGACAAGUCUUGCUCAUGAGGGAGACGAGCUCAACGUAUCGACUUCAUCAACAACUCAAACAGAAUCAAAUGCAGACUCGAUGCUUCCAUUCUUCGCCUAUAGCCAACGUUUCUCAAAGAUAACUAACUCUGCUGGAAUGGAAGAAUCCACCAGACACUUAUCAUCCCUGGAUGAACCAAUGAUAUUCAUGCUUAUGUCUUGUCAUUCCCGCCUCACAGAAAUCUACGCAUCUCUUUUCCAGAUGAUGCGAGCCUGUAUCGAGCAUUCAAUUACCCCUCGGAGGGAUAAAGACUGGGCCGUUAUCCUCCCGCAAUUACAAGUAGGAUCUAUUGCCUCGCCACCAGUGCAAGUUGAUAUCGAUAACCCGGUAACACCAGCGACCUCAUCGAUGUAUAUGCUGAUGAUCACGAUGCUUUCGUCACAGGUUUGGCAUCAACUUGCAAACAAAAUGAGAGUGAGCGACGGCAUUUUUGCGACACUGCGCUCCGGGUCUGUAUUGACUGAAGCAGUGUGGUACAAGAUAAUGGAUAAGAACGACCGCAUGUUGCAGACUAUCGACGAGACCAGACAUCUCUUGCAGUAA